UGUGAGAGCGUGAUGAUGUGACAUUUGGUUACCACAAACAACCUAAUGUGUUAAACGAGGGCUUUUAAAGUGCGAUGGGGGCGUGUGGGAGGUUCGAGUCCGAGCAGAAAGGAGUCCGGAUUAAGAAAACCACCAACAGGUUGAGCGCAGCGCUUCUCUGCGCGUUUUUUUUUUUUUUUUUUUUAGUUGGGUGGUGUUUCCUCUGGUGGUUUCUCUGUUUUUAGGAUUCCUCCUCAGUCUGCUGAAACACGCGAGUCUCCAGUAUCUGCAGCCUUGCUUGUCUGAAGUUUGCGCUCAGACGGAGUGAAGAAGUUUGACAGGCGGUAGACAGCUGCGUCGUUAUCGGUCAGCGCGCGCAGCAGAUGUGCGCGAGUUGCGGUGUUUACACCGCGUUUAGUCUCAUCUGUUCACUCCACAGAAAGCUCGUUGUUCCCACGAAUUGCACCUGACAACAUGCAUAGGAACGCGAGCAUCGACGUGGAGCUUGAUGGAUUAUUUCGUCAAAACUCCUCCUUUGACUACGAUGAGGACUACGUGUAUGAAGAAGAAUUUGACCCAAAAAGCAGCAAACCGGUGUGGAUCCCCGUGGUGUACUCCCUGGUCCUGGUUGUGGGUCUGCUGGGGAAUAUACUCCUCCUGGCAGUUCUGGCUCAGAGGAGACGGUCAUGGAGGGUAUCAGACACUCUGAUACUCCACCUGGGGAUAGCAGACGUCCUCCUGCUGGUCUCGCUGCCCUUGAGGGCUGCGCAGGUUGCCCAAAGUGGACUAUGCACCAAAAUCUGCGGAGCUGUUUUCAAUGUGAACUUCUUCUGUGGGAUCUUCCUGCUGGUGUGCAUCAGUCUGGAUCACUACCUGUCCACCGUCCACGCCACGCAGGUGUUCUCCCACAGGAAGCCCUGGUCGGUUCACGCCGCCUGCGUGUCGGCGUGGCUCCUCUCCCUGCUCCUCACCAUCCCUGACUCUUUCCUCCUGGAGGCCAGUGAACAAGCGAGCGAGAAGAAAAUGGCGUGCGUUCACAGCUACCCCGGCUCUGCUCACAGAGCGUCACGCGCGUUCCACCACGUAGUGGGCUUCACGCUGCCGGCGGCCGUGCUGAUCUUCUGCUGCGCCUCCGUCCUGCUGCGCCUGCAGUGCAGCUGUAAAGCUCUCCGGCAGCAGAGGGCCGCCAUGCUCAUCCUGCCCCUGGUGGGGGCGUUCUUUCUCUGCUGGAUGCCGUACAACUUCACGCUCAUCGUGGACACCCUCACCGGCGACCCCAGGAAACCCCGAGACGAAUAUUUAAAGACGGCGCUCCUGGCCACCACGGUCUUGGGCUGCGCUCACGCUUGCGUCAGGCCUCUUCUCUACCUCGGUCUGUGCAGGAACUUCAGGAAGCGCUCAGCCGCCCUGCUGCGCUGUGUCACAGUGGAGCCGAGCAGCUCGCUGUGGGAGCUGGGUGUGGAGGACGAGGAGGCCCCGCCCCGGCAGGACCACGCCGAGGACGAGCUGAAGCAGAUGACCGGUGUCGUGGAGCAACAGACGCAGGCAGAUCAGUGCUGAUGAAUGGAAACGGCCCCCGCCGUCCACCCCCUCCAUGACUCAGAGACAUCUGAACAAUGGUCCGUCUCUGAAGGUCAUUCAGUGUGGGCUCGCGUCAUGAGUUGAAGCAUGGAGUCUGUGUUGUGCAAUGAUGAGAGAUGGAUAUUUAUAGGGACACAUUGACAUUCCAGUUAAACAUGAAAGCUUCAGAGUCACAUCAACCGUUAUACUUCUAUUUUAUCAUCACUGUCGCAUCGAUUGAGAAUGAGCACCCUCAAUAACUAUGAACAUUUCAUAUUACAAUUUCUAUUUUAAAUGUAGCACACUGCUUUUCUUUAUCUACACUUUAAUAGAUUAUGUCCGUGAAUAGAUUUCCAAUAAAGGCAUUACCAUUAAAUCUGUACAAAAUGCAAGAUCAAAGAUAUGUUCUAUUACACAGCCAAACAGUACUUAAUACUUCAUUACUGAUAAAGUCCAAGUAAAUGUUACGCCUUUCGUUUGAAGUAGGGACAAUUUUAAAUCCCACAGUUGCUCAGUUCUUGUGUUUAAUUAGGGGUCUUAUCUCAGUCUGGAGGAAAUUUCCCUGUGGUGAAAUCCUCGUCUCCUUUCUGUCUGACUUCAUUGUUGCAACAUGAGCGUGUGGACAGUCGCACAAGAUCUGGCACAAACAAGCUGUGAAUUCAUGAAUCAGGCGACGGGGUGAGACCGAGGAGGAGGAAGCAGAGAGGAAGAAGCUGCUGCUGCAGCCGCCGGCGCCGGCACCGCCGCCGCCUUUUCACAGCUUUCUGUUUACUGUCAUCUGAAGAUGUCUGUCGCAGACAGCUGUGGCACGCCGUGUUAUGGAAGGGAAAAUGACUGAGGACUGGAAAAACGAGUAGGCUGCAGAUGGAGGGAAGCUACAGACGCAACAACUGAAACGCAGAAAUAGAGGCGCAUGUUGUUGGUUUUACUUUCAUGUUGCUCUGCAGGUUGAAUCUCGCCUGUCGAGUCUCUGCAAGGCUCAGAGCCAGAAAAUUAUUUAAAAAGUACAUACAAAUGUAACCUCAGAGUGUACUUUAAUAAUUUGUUGCUCUUUUGGGAACACAGUGGACUGUAAUUUCCCUCUCAA